CUCGAGGUAGCAGCGACGAUUACGGCAGCAGCCUCACCAGCAGAAGCAGCGAGUGCUGGCCGCAGCAGCUGCCGUGGCAUAGCAGAAAGCAGCGGACGAAGGAAGAAGUAAUCACCGACAACUGAUACAACCAUCUUGCGUACAUAAUAACAAUAGCGGCCUAUAGGCAACGAUACGGGGAGAGCGAAUGAAUGAUCGGAUGAACGGUUGGACGGAUGGACGAACGGACGGACGGACGGACGGACCGACCGACGACGGAGCAACACCGCCGCCGUCAGCACGAUUGAGUGAGUGAGUGAGUGAACGGUGGCGGCGACUGAAACAUCAGCAGACAGUAGUUGUCGUUCCGAUCGCCUGUCGACCGACUUGUGUUAGUGGCGGUGCUGUGGGGUUCGUUGCAUUGGUGUCCCCUGCGAGAGAAAGAGGGGUUCAACUGUAUCAGCAGCAGUAACAGAGCUCGCUCAUCGCAUGAACGCAAUGUGUAUAAGUGUGUGCAUGUGUAUGUGCAAUACACAGUGUUAGUAGUUUUAUAUACAAUGUAAGCAAAGGAUACAGCGUAACAUAUUAUGCUUACAUAUACAUGAUUAUUACCGAGUAAAAUUGGUUAACUGCUGUUGCCAUUACCUCUAGUACCCUUGACGGAGAGCAGAUCAGAGCACAGAAAAAGCAAAGCUCUGAUCGGAGGUUAUCAUACGUAACAUAGAAAGUGCUGAUAUUAGCGGUGAUAAUUGUGUCCGUGUGUGUGCGUGUGUGUGUGUGUGGGUGCGUUCGUAUGUGUGGGGUAUUGGCUCGUGUCCUCACAGAGGGGAGAAUACCGCCAAAGAACAAAAGGAUAUUGGGCUGCACACCGACAAUAACGAGGAUUGCUAUUGGAUACCCGAUUGUCUACUGCUGGAUAAACUACCUUCUGCUAUUAUCUUUGUUGAAAUGUUUUAGUCUGAACAGUCUCUAUAUUGUCGUGAAUUUGGCUAUAUCUCUUUUUCGUUGCUUGAGGUAGCGGUUGUGUAGUCGUUCGAUCCUCCACCGUAGACUCAAUUGAGCUACGACGACGUCAGAACAGAAAAAGACGACUGCAUUAACUACUGUAACUGUUGCGGUGGCUGAGAUUUUCGCUCUGUUCUAAGGUUUGUACUUAUCAAUUAUUAAGAAUUCCUACUGGGAUUGGGGGAAUAAACGUCGUUGUUCUUGUUCAACACGCUACCGCCAGCACCAGCGACACCCAGAUUGUCAACGCUCAGGACCACGAUUAAACGUUGCCACUGAAUGUUGUCGUUUUAGUUGUUGCAGUCGUUUGCCCUAGUCUUGUUCUCACGUUUACGCCGAUACGAUACAUCGUUAUUCGUUUGGCGUAGGAACGAACAAUAGUACGUUAGCUGUGCUGCUAAGACGUCAACACUGCCGAGCCAGUUUCAGCAAGUUAGUGGAGAAAUAGCAAGCAUCCGCCCAGAAAUUUUGCUGGUCCUGCUAAAGACAUUGAGCUUUCCACGUUCUGGAUCGUGUUUCCGCUUUGCCCAGAUACUGUGGAUAUGCAUGAUUACGAAAUUGCUGGAGAGCGACAGCAUCCAAGGUAACAACGGCAGAGGCGGCAGCAACAACAACAUAGAAUAAGGGCCAAUGGAAGUAACAGUAAUAGCAUAAGAUAACGACUGAAGACGUAAACAACGGCGACUCCGACGUAGAUACUAUCAAACCUGUAUCAGGGUAAAAGAGGUCAACUCUGAUCAAAGCAAGUCUGCGUUUCCGGAUGCAACGAACCAAUAGCUGUUGGCAAGCCGUUCUAACAGCAGCAGUUAUCGACGACGAAAUCCCUAACCGAAAUCGAUACGUCGUCUUUGAUGUUGUCCUUAUAGGCUCUAUUAAUCGCUAGGAAAGAGCCUGCCGUCCGGCAGCUAGACGUAUGCACGGUUGGUUAGUCAGUCAGUCUAUCAGCGGAGGACCUAGCUUCUCUCUGUCUGUCAGCCUGAGACGAAGUUUUUGAAGAGAGCGCGUUGUAUAGACAAAAGCACAGUAGUCGCUUGUUGACACUAUCGUGCUCUUUCAGCGAUGGUGGUGUUUUCACACCCAUUUUGACACUUUUGACAUUUCUGGCGACACUAAAUGUAGUCCGUGACAGAUGUCAUUAUACGUCGUAGUUUGUAUCAGCAGCAACGGCAACGGGAACAACAAAAACAAUACCCACUAGUGCUGUGGCCAGCGUGCGUGCUCAGUCCAACUCGAUUCCGACGGCGACAACUACGGAAGUAGUUGGGAAGUAAAGCAACAGUUGCAGCCACUUAAUUCUCGUCUCUUUCCGCGCGGCAACAGUUCGUUGACAGCAGAAUCUCAUGGUCUCAUUGGACAUUGGACGUCGCAGAAGUUUUCAAUAGGGGGAGGGGGGAUGACACAAUGCCAUUAUCGUCAUCGGUGUCAUCUCAUCACCUUCGUUGCCAUCGUUGGUUUUCGCGACCGUUCGUGAUCUCAGCCCGACUGUUUCAGCCGAUAUUCUUGAUGGUGUGAUCCAGCUCAUUCCUCGACUGCUAGUAGCGUCGCCAUCGUCUUGUUCGGGCUCACCAUCGCAACAGCAGCUGUUGCUACUGCUGGCGCUCAUUUGGUGAGCUUCUUCUUCGCGCUACAAUCGCCGUUGUCUCUGUCAUUUUCUUGUCACGGUCGCUGAAGUUCUUCUCUUCUCGCUGGUGUGCGGAGAGUCCUCCUGUCUGAGUCGUCGGCGAUCUACGUUCGUUCGGCAACGAGCACCAUCGCGCUCGUCGACGUCGUCUUCGGUGCCGCCUCCAUUGAUCAACUGGUGCCGUCGCAGCAGCAGCGGUAGAAACCAGCAACUGACGACCUACUCCGGGCGAUAUCCGACGUCGACACCGAACGGCAACAAAAGCCGCCGGGAGCAACAAAACGAGUGAACAUAUCGACAACAAGUCACGGGGGUUGUGCUUUUGUGGUCGUCAUAGUGAUCGAGGUCGCUAGCAGUGCUGCUGAUGGUAAAGCAAGUAAAUAAGUGUGGAAAAAUGUGGCGGCUAUCGAGCAGAAGUUAGUUAGCCGAGCCAGUGGUGAUGUGGUGCUGAAUCAAGCAGGUGCGCUCUGACCUGCCAACUUGUUGUUGUCGUUGUUGCUUACGGAGGAGCAGAAGAGCGUCUUCAUGUCGUCGGCUGCAGCAGCGAAAAGUUCGAAAUAGUGAGCAGUCAGUCGUUCCAUCGAGAAUAUCUUCAUCCGUUGUCAGGGUGUCAUUCCACGGAACCAGCGAAGAUCGAAGGAAAACGCCAAAGUGCCACUCAUAUGCUGCUGAAGUGAACAACAACAACAACAAUACCAUUUUUCGCGCUUAUUGCGUGCGUGAUUAAGCUUUCAGAACAGCUUGCUUAGCAAAAGAGCUAACUGCGGCAGUAGCUCCCAGCUAACGGAGGCUGCCGAUUAGUCUCUAGCCGUUGUUUUUCGGCUAGGGGCGCAGUAGCUGUCUGGGCCUGCAGUUGAUCUUGCAUUUGCUUCGCUACCAAAUAUCAUCAAGUAAUCAAUAAUCAUGCGCGAGUUCAAGGUGGUGGUCUUAGGUUCAGGAGGUGUCGGCAAAUCCGCCCUGACGGUGCAGUUCGUCAGCGGCAACUUCAUGGAGAAGUACGACCCGACGAUCGAGGACUUCUAUAGAAAAGAGAUCGAAGUCGACCAGGCGCCGUGCGUGCUCGAAAUCCUCGACACAGCCGGCACCGAGCAGUUUGCAUCGAUGCGCGACCUGUACAUCAAGAACGGGCAAGGAUUCGUCGUCGUUUACAGCAUAACCAGCCAUCAGACCUUCCAGGUUCGUGACAAAACAAUUACCCAUUAUGUAGGAAAGAGUAACAAAAUCAGCACACACAAGCAGAAAGAGGUAUCGGCCAAGUUCAAAUCAAACGUGGACGAGAUGUUUGCAGAAAUCGUUCGGGAAAUGAACGUUCUCCCAUCGAAGGGCAAAGCCGAUGGCGUAUGCUGCUGUUGCGUGCUUAUGUGAUAAUUAUAUACAAAUACAUGUAUUGCACAGAUGAUACACACAAAUAACACGAACAAUAUAUGGACAGUUAGUUCGAUAAAAGCCUACAAUAAUAGAUGAGAGGGGACACUCGUAUUGAGAUGAUAAAAGAUUAUUGACCUUGACUAACAUCCGACUGAGAACCAUGGAGUCCGGGAAGGUCCUAGGAGGUAGAGGACAGGGUGGUGGUGGUGGUGGCAAAGCAGAUAGCGAAAGAACAAGCGCAAACCUAUCGAUGAUUCUACCAAGGACCAUAUAGGACAACUUAGGGCCACCGCUCAAGACACCAUCGGUACCAAGCCAAUCGUAAAUGGAGCUGUUGUUUCAAUCCGCCGAUGAAAAACAAAUCUAAGUAGGAGGUCAUGUUUGUAGAGGAUAGUAGUGGGCGGCUUCUGUCAAGUUGACUCGGUUACGCGUCUUCAAUUGGUUGUACGUUGCAUGGGCGGUAUACCUGCACUAACUAAAGAUUUAACUGUACAAUUCUCGUAUGAAAAUAAGCUGUGUGCAGCACUGGAUUUACUGCCGGAAACUAGAGGACCAAUGGCCCUAAUGGACGUUGUUUAGGGCUGCGGCAGGAACUAUGCCGCUUUAUUUCCAUCAUAAGUCCAUUUCGUGGCUGUAAAGUUUAACGGCAGCCUUCUGCCUCGAAGCUUCCCCAGUGAUUGAACUCUUAUGACUGAGUGCGUUGAAGCAACGUGAAUGCCUGUGAUGUUGUUCUAAAUGAAUGUGGACUUGUGUUCUACGACCAACCAAAUAAAAUGUGGAAUCGAGGGAGUUGAUGCUCAUAUCAAAUUCACUGAAGCAUUCUAUAGGAUCACCGUUAUUCAUUCUACUGUUAUUAAGCGUCAAGAGCCUUUAGUUUGACAUUUCUUCGAAGACGCCGAUAGUUUAUGAAAAGGUGUUUGCGCGUAAAGGUCCUUCGAUGGGCGAUUUCGGACGCAACGUCGCUUUGAAUGAAGUGGUAACAGAUAAGGCAUUGCCGAGAUGAAGACCUUUGCGAAGUCGAAAUUGCACACAUUGGACUAUUAAAAGCUAACACUAAUGCUAACUGACAUAGUCUGUGUUAUGAGAAAAAAUAUACUUCCAGGGUCGGGAACCAAGUUUUUAAAAUAUGAUUACAUUUUUUGUUCGCUCGCCACAGGCUGUUGGUGAUUCCAGCAGCCCUAUUGCUUGAGGACGGUCUACAAUGUAUAUGUAGAAUACAUAUGUGUUGCAGAAAAUUGAAAAAAAUGUAGAACUUUUUCGUGCGGCAGUAGUAACAGUAAUGACAGUAACAAUGCUUGUUAACACGACAUGAAUACGUACCCAGACAUUCAACUCUGUGGAAAUUAAGACCCGUUUUAUUUAUACAAUAGUGUAAUACAGUACAAAUUAGAUCCGUGUGUCAGCUGGGUAAAAUCUGAGUUACACUAAUUAAUGAUCAGUUAAGGACGCGGUGGUUGAUACGAUCACACAAUACUUAAGUGCCCUAGGCCACAAGAACAAGCAUUGCGACUGCGCGAAAAGUUUAUCACUAAUGCCGUAGGAUGAUGAAGUGUCGCUCACACUGCAAACGGUCGACUGUGUUUCCUUAAAAAAGAAGAAAGAUAAACGUUUAUUUUGUGUUUAAAGUGAUGUGUACUGUUAAUGAUCGAUCGUUAGUGUGAGAAGUAGGUACUUGUUAUAUUUUGCUCACGUAUGCCCUCCUUCUUAAGACUCGUUUUCAACUGUGUUUCAUUGAUUCCAUAUGUGUUUGUAUGCACCGGCUAAGCAAGGGAGUAAUACCGCGUACGAUUGCAUACUAAACGAGAAAGGCGGGUAGACUUAGUGGAAUCCAUUGCUUUCCCUCACACGGUGGUUACAUGUUAGUAGAGACGAAAUACGACAAUGAGAUGACUUUUAGCAGUACGUUCAUUGACUACUUAGGCUUUUUUUGUUUAGUAUUUUACCCGACCCUGGCUCGCCUUCGACCCUGUAGAACCCCCGGGGGUUAAAAGCUGACAUCCGACACGUGACAGACGUAUGCGAUUCUUUGAAAGAUGACUUGAAAAUGAUGGAUGUCUGAUUUUUCUCGUUUUUCUCAUACACUAGUUUUAUAAUGCAGUGAACGUCACUUAAAUAAUGCAAGCUGUGAAAGAAGAACUUGCACCCAUUGAACAGCGCGUUUUACCUCUCGCCGCCAUAUCCACCUCCCCGAUCUCCGAGGUUACUUCUAAAACUUAGCAUCAACACGCCUUUCGAAGGAUCAAAAUGUGCUCUUCUUCCGUAAUGCGAUUAUCAUAUUUCGUUACGAUAUUAUUUUUCCUAGAAAGUGUUUUCUGAAGAAAUUUCCCUUUCUUUAACUUUUAAAAUAACAUUGUCUUCAUUUCAUGAUGAACAACGAGGACGCUUUGUACAGGCGCUUAUUGCUUUAAUACUCCUUUGGAAUCACACACGGACACAUCCGACUACUGACUGUAUAUAAACCUACUAUAUAUAAAAACGUAGAUAAUGAAUAGACGACGAUUAUGAUGGUGUCGCUGAUGCGAGAGAUGGCAUGAAAACGAGAGCAAACAAUAACGAUAUACAUAGAAUAAGUAAAGAAUAUACAAAAAAAAAAAA